AUGAGUACUGGAGCUGGCCUUAGCAACCAUGCCUUCGCUAUGCCCCGGCUCGGAGGACAUGAUCAAACCAGUAAGAGCAACACCACCUGUCAGUUCCAGAUGCCUCUGCACUACCCGAGGUACCAGAAGCGCGACUACGAGACCAUGCCGGAGUGGAAACUGGACUGCCUUCUGAAACAGUAUGGCCUGCCAGUCAUUGGAGAUGUCAACCAAAAGAGGAAGUUUGCCAUGGGGGCCUUCCUUUGGCCUUCCCAGUAUGAAUGA